GGUCAAGCAGCCUCUCGGGCCGGAAGAAGCUCCGCACCCGUCUGGUUGGUCACCAUUGAUAUCUUUUAAUCUUGAAGACGUCAAAAUAUACCUGGAUCUAUCAUUUUUGGGGGGAAACUGCAGUACCAAGCAAUCAAGGACCCACUGUGCUCCGGUUGUAAUAUAGAAGCUUUUGAAUUCUCCAAAUUUAAAUAAGAUUUUCUCCCAUUUUCCCAUGAAGCCACAUUGUUGUUUAUUCACUUUAGUGGUAACUGUUACUGUACCAGCUGCUUUUGCAUUGGAAGAUGUAGGCUUCAACCAAAUGACCCCACUGGGAGUAAAUCAUAGUUCUUUCAAUGCAUCAUUUCUCCCAAGUUUUGAAUUUUCAACAGAUUCCCACUCAGGUGAUGAUGUCAUCAUAGCCAGAGAAGGAAGUAGUGUUUCAAUUGAGUGUCUUCUCACAGUCGACCACUAUGAAGAUGUCUAUUGGUACAACUCAAAAGGACAGCAGCUGGAUGACAGAGACAGAGGUGGAAAAUGGUUGGUUUCUGAUAACUUCCUGAAUAUCACCAAGGUAGCCUUUGCGGACCGUGGGCUCUAUACAUGUUUUAUCACCUCUCCAAUCCGUGCCUCCUACUCGGUCACCCUGCGCGUUAUCUUCACCUCAGGAGACAUGAGCGUGUACUACAUGAUCGUUUGCCUGAUUGCCUUCACAAUCACUCUCAUCCUGAAUGUCACACGGCUGUGCAUGAUGAGCAGCCACCUUCGUAAAACCGAGAAAGCCAUCAAUGAAUUCUUCCGAACUGAAGGGGCAGAGAAGCUUCAGAAGGCCUUUGAGAUCGCGAAACGCAUCCCCAUCAUCACCUCGGCUAAGACCCUGGAGCUGGCCAAAGUCACGCAGUUUAAAACCAUGGAGUUCGCCCGUUACAUCGAAGAACUGGCGAGAAGUGUCCCUCUGCCACCCCUUAUUCUGAACUGUCGGGCCUUCGUAGAGGAGAUGUUUGAGGCUGUGCGAGUGGAUGACCCUGAUGACAUGGGAGAAAGGAUUAAAGAGAGACCCGCCUUGAAUGCUCAAGACGGCAUCUACGUCAUUAACACGGAGAUGGGCCGGAGUAGUUCACCAGGAGGCGAUUCGGACGAUGGUUCUCUGAGUGAACAAGGCCAGGAGAUAGCAGUUCAGGUUUCUGUCCACCCUCAGUCAGAGACCAAGAGUAUCGACACAGAUUCUCAAGAUAGCAGUCAUUUCAGCCCGCCUGACGAUACAGGAUCUGCCGGAUCGAACUCCAGCUACAAGGAUGGGGCAUAUGAAAACUGCCAGCUGUGAGCUAUCCCAAUACCUACAAAAUCAGCUCUCAGAAAAGGAACCUGUUUCGUGCAGGAAAUAACAUUUUUACCAAAAGACAAGUGGGGUUUUUUUUUCCCCCUUGUUAGUAUUAAGCAUGCUAGAAAAUGAAUUAUUACCAAAAUCUUUCUAAAGAUUCAGCGUUUUUCCUAUCUGAUCUUUCUCAGUCAUUUUCCCCAGCUUGAUUAAAUGAUACACACUGAGAUUUAAAGGAGCCUGAGAGAUCAGUGUAAUGGGGAAAAUACCACAUCAAGAGUUCAUGGCUUCUCUUCUACUCAUGGUUUUUCCAUUGUUUAGGGCUGACACUUAUUUGAGGCCUAAGUUUCCCCACCAAUAAGCUGAGGGAUUUGCCCUAGAUGAUAUCUAAAGUCAUUUCGAAGCCCUAUAACUUCUUACCUGCUAUCUUUACACCACAAAGAUCUUCAGCCCCAUUCUAAAUAAGCCCUUCCCUAGACUUUCAGUCCCUUUUUAUGGGAAGGACCAAGCUGAGACUUUAUUCUGUGAUUUGGAUUCCCACACCAAAGUUGUGUGCAGGGGGUGUGGGUGUUUUUCAGUUGUCCUGCUCAUGGAACAUACAAUUGUAUGUGCUAGUUUGCAUCUUCCCAGGGUAGCCCAUGUCUGUGUUAUGCAGAUAUCAGGGAGCUAACUGCUCAUUAGUGAGCUGUUUUCCGUGAGUAAAUUGGUCCUUUUGGGGGUCUCUCAUGUCUUUUUAACUUACUGAGGCAUCAUUUAGCUCAUUGAGCUGGCAGUGAUUUCCCAACUGAUCCCGCAAGUGAACAGUUUAUUCCUAAAGAGUAGUGUCUUCAGUGUUUUUAGAAUAAGAAAUAAUGUCAAAUCAUCUGUCUGAUAAAUUACAGAUUUUGACAUUUCUGUUAAUAGAGUUUCUCAGGCUUUUCCUUUUUGAAAGUACUGGACUUUACAGGAUGGUUCUGUGUUUGGGAUGCCCUUCCAGGGCAAAACCCACAGCUGAAUUCCUCUUGAGAUCUCCAUCAACACUCUUGCCCUCUGUGGUCUUACAUACGGUGCUAAAGGAUGCAUGACUCCGUAUCUUGUUUGUCUCGUUUAUAUUUUAUUCCUGUUGAGGUUUUUAUUUUUGUGUACUUCAGAGGUAGAAUUCUGAGCUAGAGCUGCUUUUGUGGCCUUUCGGAGAAGCUCUAACCUGAAAUAAGACUAGAUACUGGCGUGUGGUAUGUGUUACUAUAUUAAAUAUAUAGAUACAUAGACGCACAUACAAAUGAACUAGAUGUGAAGAAGGAGAAAAAUUAUGAACGAUGCCACCUGAUUCCACUGUGUAUAAUAAACACUUAAGACAGUAUUUCUUGCCUGGCUGAGAGCUGAUAUAAUGGAAUUGUAAAUACUCUUCAGAAUAAUUUCUUUAGCUACAGCAAGCUUGGCAUCGUAUAAUUUUAAGAACUUGGCAGUGGAGCUCCAUGUGCUUCACGUUUCUUCAUUUGGCUUCUGAUCACUGAAGCAUUACUUGAACUAGAGGUUCCUGAGGGAACUGUUCAGAGGAGGUUUUAUCAGGAUUUUAAUUUAAGGUUUCAAAUGGAGGAAGGCAGGAAAUUCAAAGUGUGACUGGAUAGAACUCCUGCCUCCCUUUGUCAAGGCUUAUCAGAAGUGAUACAUCUGCUCUGGAUAGCAUGAAUGAAUCAAUGUGCAGUUUUAUCAGAUGGCAUUACAGAUAAAGAUGAUAAUGCUGCCUUUUCUGUCUCUCAGGCUGUUUCCAUGGAAACCUCCAGAGCCAAACAAAAGCUACCAAUCAUUUAGCCAAAGCUUGUCUUGGCUCAUAGACCUGUAUCUCUUUAAAGAAAACUGUUUUCAUACAUUUAGCUAUGAGAGCAAGGGCUGUUGAACAUGCCCUAGAUUAUAAAACACUUUUUUCCUUCCCAGGAAUGUUUCUUUCUUUCCUUCCCAGAAUGUUUCUCUUGAAAAUUUAAAAAUUUUCAAAAUCGUUUGUCUGACGUCUGUCCCCUGAAUAUCCCUCAGAGCUUUAGAUAGCACCUCCAGACCUAUCCCAGUAUAGCAGGUUUGGGAUUUUUUUUUUUUAUGCACUCCAGUAUAUCCUGAAUAAAUUAUUUUAGAAACAUAAUUGUGACUUAAGUUGGUGGCCACAGUAACAGGAUUACUUUGAAUUUUGCAAGUUAUGGUACCCUUGAUAAGGAAUUAAAAUAGGUCAAAAUUUAAGUGGAGUUGGUAUUACUUUCUAAAGCCCAUUUCUCACAGGAAGAAAACCACAUUUAUUAACAUUUUCUGUAGCUAAUCAAAUACUCUUCAUAUGUAAUUAAUAGUCAUGUUAUCUUUUUGUAGAAUCCUUAACCUUUUGAACUUAAACUACAGUCUAACAGUCUUUUGACAGUAAUGGUGUAAUUAUCCUUUUGUCUCACUGGAGUUUUUAGUUAGUGAAAAUGCCUUUACUCAACAAAAUGUAUUUGAAAUAGUUCUGUCAUCUUAUUUAUAAAUUUUGUCUUGUAUUGUGAUUUAAUGAACCUUAUUGUCCUUAUGAAAUGAAAUGGUGGCUUUGUGAAAUAAAUUUACCAAAAAUAGACAUGUAAACAUUUUUAAAGAUUCCUUACCAGCUGAAACCAGACAGGUCGGCAUUUUCUGAGCUGAAUGCCACUUGUUUAUAGGCAAUUUGAGAAGCCUAUCCUCAAAGAUGCAUCUGUUCUGAUUCUUGAGACUGGCCCAGUGAGCAGUUAUCUUUCCUACCAAGAAUUUCCUACCAAUUCUUGAGUCGGACCCAAUGAGCAGUUAUCUUUCCUACCAACUACCUUGAUAUAAGUAUCUUGAGAGUUGCUGACCUCGAUGGUUGUGAGAAGGCUCCUGGCAUCUUCACCUCACUUCACACCUAUUUUUAAAGUCAAAAUACACAGCUUUCCCCUUUGUCCUCCAACCUCAGUGAACCCCUUGGCACAGUCCUCUCCACGCCCUGCAUGCAGUUCCACCCUAGAUCUGACGUUGUAUUCCGUGUCCCAGAGCAGCAUGGGAGCAUGGCAUGCUUGUUUUCCAGGGCCCAGUCUGUCAUAGGUGCUAGCCUUGUCUCCACACACCAGCCAUUCUAACACAAGUAUAUCACAUUUCCUGAAUCACCAUUAAGAGAGCAAUCUUUUCUCAUCUAGACCAGAAAUGUUAAAAGUGCUAAUAAGCUCCUAGGAUCUCAACACAUUUCAUACAAGUAAAUGAGUAUUAUUUGAUAUGGUUCAGAUGAUGGUUUAAAUGAUUACCAUUUUAAUUGUAAUUUUGUUCUUUUUUUAAAGUUGUACUUGAAUGUAAUGUAGUAAAUAUUCAAUGGAGUAUA